GUCCUGGUUUGGAUGGAACUAUAUGUAUAGUUUGGUCAUUUUGAGGUUAAGGUUGUAGUAAAGAAUGGAUAUGAUUAAAUUUACUCUUUUGGUGUUUCUUUAUCACCAGUUGCUAUGGCAAGGAAACGUCUGGAGUCAGGGUGAGCUGCCAGUUAACACCACGGCGCCAGAGCUUCAGGGGGACGAAUCGCCAGCUAACACCACGGCGCCAGAGCGUCAGGGGGACGAAUCGCCAGCUAACACCACGACGCCAGAGCGUCAGGGGGACGAAUCGCCAGCUAACACCACGGCGCCAGAGCGUCAGGGGGACGAAUCGCCAGCUAACACCACGGCGCCAGAGCGUCAGGGGGACGAAUCGCCAGCUAACACCACGGCGCCAGAGCGUCAGGGGGACGAAUCGGCAGCUAACACCACGGCGCCAGAGCGUCAGUGGGACGAAUCGGCAGCUAACACCACGGUGCCAGAGCGUCAGGGGGACGAAUCGCCAGCUAACACCACGGCGCCAGAGCGUCAGGGGGACGAAUCGGCAGCUAACACCACGGCGCCAGAGCGUCAGUGGGACGAAUCGGCAGCUAACACCACGGCGCCAGAGCGUCAGUGGGACGAAUCGCCAGCUAACACCACGGCGCCAGGGCCUCAGGAGGAUGAGACGGAGACCACUUCUAGUGCCACCACACAGUCUCAGGAGACUGAGACCACUUCUAGUGCCACCACACAGUCUCAGGAGAUGGAGACCACUUCUAGUGCCACCACACAGUCUCAGGAGACUGGAGACCACUUCAAAACACUACCUAAGCCUUGUUGAAUAGGUUUUUUUGGUGCUGUCUAGCUGCUUUGUCAAAAGUUGACUAACAAAAUAAAAGUUUAAUGGUUUGUCUUGUUC